GAUGAAUAUCCCCGGUCACACAGGAACGGGCUGGUGCAUCUUUGUCUACAACCUGUCUCCGGACUCGGAUGAGAGCGUCCUGUGGCAGCUCUUUGGACCGUUCGGCGCCGUUAACAACGUCAAGGUGAUCCGCGACUUCAACACCAACAAGUGCAAGGGGUUCGGUUUCGUCACCAUGACGAACUACGACGAAGCAGCCAUGGCCAUCGCCAGUCUGAAUGGGUAUCGGUUGGGUGACCGUGUCUUGCAAGUGUCUUUCAAGACCAGCAAGACACACAAGUCCUGAACUCCCCUCCCAUCACUUGUGUAGCUCCUUACAGCUCCUCUAAUACU